AUGCAGGAAACGGCAAAAUAUUGGGACAUGUUGUUGUUUUAUACCUGCGCCAUAUUCUUAUGGCAGGGAAAAGCUUUUGCCCAAACGAACAACGCUGCACCGUACGAAAUCAGCUGUGAGCGAAGGCCCGACGGGCUGUUGGAGAUCGGGUGUUGGGGGUUUGCCACUUGUAACAACGGCACUGUGGAUGUUCAUACCUGUCCCGUGGGGACUGUGCUGGAUAGGGGAAGCAUGACGUGUCUGGGGCCAGGAGAAGGACAGACUGACUGCCACCUGGCCACAGAUUGUGUUGGCAAGGUAGACGGUUCCUAUGCAGAUCUGGGUGAUGGUUGUAUCAGCUACUACCGCUGUUUUCGAGGCCUAAACAUGGGACGUUUCUACUGCCCUGCUCCCACAGCAUUCAACGAAGAUUACGGCAUCUGUGAUUACGUCAACAACCUCAGGCCACCUUGUGGCUUCGUGGGCGCAGUUGCAAGGACCACAACUCCCGUUGUGUCGGCUGUAACACUCAAACCUGUAUUAGCUGUAACAGCCCUUGUAGAACCAGCAGUAGCAGUCCCCGUAGAACCAACGGCAGCAACCCCUGUUGUACCAACCGUAGCAACCGAAGUUGUACCAGCCGCAGUAUAUCCCACUGUACCCGCUGCAGCAAACGACGUUGUACCAAGCGCGGUAUCUCAAGCAGUACCAGCUGAGGUAACCCCUGUUGUUCCAGCCACAGCAUCCCCUGUUAUUCCAGCUGUGACAUCUCCAUUUGUACCAGCUAAAGUGCCUCCUGUUGUACCAGUCGUGUCCUCUUCCGUUGUAUUAUCUGGAGAAAGUUCGAGCACAUCAACAUUUGCUCCCUAA